AUGGAGAAGGUCAUAUACUGGAUUCGCCAUGCUGCGCUGCCCUGGGCUGCCUUUCGCUUUCUCCUGCAGGCAGCUAUCAACAACACGACAAUCAACAUUAGUACGGUAGAGGACCUCGAGAAGAUCGCUAGCCUCAUGGCGAGGUCUCUCGAAUUUGAGAGGCUGUACAAAGCGACGACGUCAGGUCUUCACGGCCAGCUCUGUGAAGCCCUGGUCAAGACGUAUACAGUCAUCUUGCACCUUUUGGCUAGGGUAGUGAAGUUUCUGGAUUAG